AUGUCUGAGAAAUAUUUAAAAGCUUUAUCCCAUGAUUUCGGUAAACUUUUUAAGGAUGGUAAUAAUUAUGAUGUAAAUAUCAAAGUAGGUGAAAAACCUAAUAUCAAAAUAUUCCGAGGACAUUCUCAAAUACUUGUCGCACGUUCGCUGUAUUUUAAAACUGCAUUUUCUCAAGAAUGGGUGAAGAAAAAUAAUGGAAUUAUUGAUUUUGAAAAACCAAAUAUGUCACCUGAAAUUUUUGAAAUAAUCCUUCGAUAUAUUUAUACCGGAAUAAUUCAGUUUGACAUUCUUCAUGCUGACGUUCUUCUUAGACUUCUUAUUGCAUUAGAUGAACUUUACUUCGAUGAUUUGUUGGAUGACUUACAGGUUCACCUUUUCAAGCAGGGUGCUCAAUGGAUUCGAGAAAAUUUUGUUUUUGUAUACAGAGUCAGUCUACAAUAUCAAAAAUUCACAAAGUUAAGUGAGCACGUAGAUGAUAUUAUUAAAUAUGAACCUGAAAUAUUACUGGAAUCUCGAGAAUUCCAUGAAUUAGAAGAAUCAGAGCUUCUUCCUAUUCUCAAACAAUGGCAACCUAAAGACAUAAAAGUGCUUUCUCCUAGGAUUAAAUCAUCACGUAUUAAUUCAAAAUUAUUAAAUAAUAAGCAAGUUAAAGAAAUUUUUAAAAAAAUUUAUGUUAAAAAACCGAAAAUGUUUAAAUCAUUUCCUAACGAAGAUCAAUUUAAGUUGAUAUUACUUGAACCAACUGAAUAUAAAACCAAUUGCGAAGAUCCAACAGUUAUAGUAUUUCGCAUUGUCGAACUUGAUUUGAUAAUUGGGGGAUAUAAUCCAUUUAAGUUGAAAUAUUCAUCAAUUUCACAUUUUUCUUCCUUAAAGGCUAAACUGGAAUAUAGUUUUAUGUUCACAAUUGAUAAUGAAAAAAUUAAAUUUGUUUCUAUUUUAGGGACUAAAGAUUUUAAUUUAAAAUAUAAUUAUAUUAGACCAUUAAAUAUCUUUGACUUUAAAUUUCACUUUGAUUAUAAAAAUAUUUCUUAUAAGCAACAUUUUUAUCCUAAAAUUUUAGAUGGUAGUUAUUACAAUAUCGAAGGAUUAGAGGUUUUUAAAGUAAUUGAAAGUGAUUGA